AUGGCGCGCUUCCUCUGCGCGCUUAGGAGCCUUACCUUCCGAGAAGUGACCGGGUGGGCGGUCCUGGGCCGAGCCGACCGGGGCGGCCUCGGCGCGAGUACCGGACCUGAGGACGCAGGGUCCCUUACGAAGCGGAAGCCGGUUCUCUCCAAGAGUGAGUUGCAGAAGAAGCUGACUCCAGAGCAGUUCCAUGUCACGAGAGAAAAAGGGACGGAACCGCCUUUCAGUGGGAUCUACCUGAAUAACAAGGAAUCAGGAAUGUAUCACUGUGUGUGCUGUGACAGCCCGCUCUUCAGCUCUGAGAAAAAGUACUGCUCGGGCACUGGAUGGCCUUCGUUUUCUGAGGCUCACGGGACGUCUGGCUCUGAUGAGAGUAACACAGGGAUCCUGCGACGUGUGGACACCUCGUUGGGACCAGCUCGCACAGAGGUCAUCUGCAAGCAGUGCGAAGCUCACCUUGGCCAUGUGUUUCCUGAUGGACCUGGGCCUACUGGUCAGAGGUUUUGCAUCAACAGUGUGGCACUCAAGUUCAAACCAAGCAAACACUGA